AUGGACUUGGGUGACCACUUCGAACGUUCCGGGCCGACGCAUUUGAUGGCAAGAACGAUUGACUGGGACAAGGAGGAGCACCGCCGCUGCGUCGCCGCUAGCCUUGUCAACAGCACGUACGUCAUGGAGAAGGACCGACGCCGAUGGAGCAGGGCGCAACUCGCGCCGGCAUGGUGGACGAGCUUUCACUUUCACUUGGAGCACACGCGCCUACUUGAGGACGAACAUUCCAUCUUUGGUGCUAUUUACAGGCACGUGCCGCCGCCGCCGGGGCAGCAUCAUCCCUCCGCUCCACACUACAUCGUCGCCUUCAGGGGCACCAUGCUGCGGCACAUGGUGGAUGACAUGCACCUUAACGUACAGAUCAUGACCAACACCGUGCAUGACUCCAUCCGCUCGCAGCGCGCUCACGCGGCGGUCCGCAACCUCCUCGCGGCCGUCGACAGCCGAUACAUCGUCUGGCUCGCAGGCCACUCUCAGGGUGCGUCGCUGGCGCUGGAGGUUGGGCGGGACCUAAUGCGAAACGGCCGGCGCAACCUCCCGACCUUUCUCUUCAAUCCGCCGCAUGUAUCGUUGGCGCCAGUCAUCAACUUGACGCAUUCGGCGGCGGACGACAAGAGGGAGCUGUACGUCUUGAGCAACCUCGUCAAGGCUGAGCUCGGGAAGGUCCUCCCUCCCCACCGGAAGCGCAUGGAGCAGCUGUUCGAGCAGCUGUCCUCGUGGGCACCCAAGCUGUACGUGCACGAGAAGGACUUCAUCUGCCAGGGCUUCAUCGACUACUUCGAGCAGAGGGAGCAGCUGGAGAGGCGCUUCCGCGGCGCUGCCAGGUUUGCAACGGUACUCUCCUACCGUGACAUGCUCAUUCACCUGCUCGGCGUGGACAAGGAGCCGAGACCGCACCUCCUGCCAUCAGCAACGUUGUGGAAGAACUCGACCGGUUGCCGCCUUCGAUCGCACCGUCUCAAGCUAUGGUGGAAACCGGACAGUGAACUUAGGUUGACCCAAAGGCGUCACACAUAUUAAGUGGAUCUGGAGUGAGUAUUACCGCCUUAUCUGCCAUAGUAUAUUAAGGUUAUCUAUGGAUAAUGGCAUACUCCCUCCGAUCAAUAUUAAUUGUUGCCGUAUCAGAUAUGCCUAGACAUGUUUUAAUGCUAGAUACAUCCAAUUCGACAACUAUUGAUAUGGAUGCCAGGAAGUAGUAAAAUAAGAAA